GUGCUGCUGGGGAGGAGGAAGUGCAUCAACCUUGUGCACUGCUGAGUCCUCGUUCCCUUAACUCAAGGUUCCGGUCCAUCGCAGGCCCCCUGCCCAGCCCCGCCCGUCGCCGCCGCCGCCGCCUCCUCCCCGCAGCCGGGCGGGCGCCAUGGCGGCUACUGCGGCGGCGGCGGCGACGACCGCGGGGGACUGCGCGAUGAAGCCGCUGCAGAGCGCCAUGAAGCUGGCCCACGGAGCCAUCGAACUAGAUGCUGGCAAUCAGCCCUUGGAGGCUUACCUGGAAUACCUGAAGAGCAUCCACUACAUUUCCCAGGUGCUGCUGGAAGAAGCAGGGACUACAAAAGACGGGGGUGACACUGUGACUUCAGAUACUCCAAAGAUGCUGAAGCUGGCUGAGCAGUGUUUGGAAAGGGCCAAGUCAACAGCUGCCAAACUGGGGACAACCCAACUGAAACCAACCAUCCCAAUGGCUCUUCCAGGCCACAACCCAGCUAGCCGACAUCGCAGGGUAUAUUCAGAUGAGGGAGGAAAGCUGUGUCCCUUUCUACCCCCUGAAAUCUUCCAGAAGCUGCAGGUGGUUGAGGCACAAAGUUCUAAGAAGGAACUGACCCCUCUGGAAGAGGCUUCAUUACAGAAUCAGAAGCUGAAGGCCUCCUAUGAGGCCCGGAUGGCCCGGCUGAAUCCCAGCCAGGCAGUACAGAAGACAUCUUUGACUCUGUCCCUGCAGCGGCAAAUGAUGGAGAAUUUGGUGAUUGCCAAAGCCCGGGAGGAGACACUACAAAGAAAGAUGGAGGAGCGCAGGCUGCGGCUGCAGGAAGCUGCUAACAGGAGGUUCUGUAGCCGUGUAACCCUGACUCCGGAAGAGCAGGAGCAGCGGGCCCUCUAUGCUGCCAUCUUGGAGUAUGAGCAAGACCACGAUUGGCCGAAGCACUGGAAAGCCAAACUGAAGAGAAACCCCAACGACCUCUCCCUGGUGACCAGCCUGGUCUGCCACCUCCUCAGUUUCCCCGAUCACCCGGUCUCCCAGCUGCUGAAGAAGCUACAGUGUGCUGUGUACAACAGGCUGUACCCCAUUAUCAGCAAGCAUGCUGCCGACUCUAAGACCAGCCUGGGCUGCGCUUCCCUUUCCCUGGACACUGAGGGGCUGCUGGCCCCCGGCAGUCGGAGGCUUCGCGCUUCCCAGAGCCUCUACUGCAUGUUCACCCACCCUGAGCCCGUCAGGCUGAACCAGGAAAACUCCCCAGCUGCCCUCCCCGCCCCCCUGCCGCCUCCUGGCCCCCCGGACAGAGAGACGGAAGGCAGCUCCGCCGGCUCCCCUUCGCCCGGUCUGCUGGACAAGGACAGCUCCUUUGAGGACCUGGAGCAUCUCUUAGCAGCUCCGGACACUUGGGCUCGAGGGCCCGGGGGGCUCACGGGGUCACAGACCCCCGGCAAGAAGCCGCCGACGUUGCCAGAGCAGCUGAAGAGCAUUGUAAAGGAUGUGCACAAUGCUGUCGACAGAUUGCUUUCCCUUACCCUCCUGGCAUUUGAAGGCUUAAACACAGCUGCCUCCAAGGAUCGAUGUCUGGCCUGCAUUGAGGAGCCUUUCUUCUCCCCGCUGUGGGCACCUCUGCUGGCUCUCUACAGGAUUGUCUAUCAAGCCCGAGAAACGGCCCUCAGAAGGAGUAUGGAGCUCUGUGGAAAUAUGCCUCCCUCUGCCCUGGGCAUUGCCUCCAAGCUCUUCCCCCAGGAGUCAGGGCUCCGAGGGUCGGCUUCCUACCCUUACCGUACCGCAGUCCAAGAGCUGGGGCUGAUGGUUCUGGAGAGCUGUCCUCAGAAGAAGCUGGAGUGCAUUGUUCGAGCUCUUCGCACAAUCUGUGAGUGCGCCGAGGAAUACUGCGGGGCCAGGGAGUCGCGCCUGCAGCCCAGCACCAUGGCCAUUGGUGCUGAUGAUCUGUUACCCAUCCUGUCUUAUGUGGUGUUGAAGAGUAACCUCCCCCAGCUGGUGUCUGAGUGUGCAGCCCUGGAGGAAUUCAUCCACGAGGGGUAUCUGAUUGGAGAAGAAGGCUACUGUCUGACCUCCCUGCAGAGUGCCCUGAGCUAUGUGGAGCUGCUGCCACGGGGGGCUUUGGUGAAAUAGCGGGAAGGAAGGAGGCGCUACCUUAGUCCCGCCGGUCCAUGGAGGAGGAUGGAUCAGCCAUCCCUGGGAGAUCCCUGAAGACCUGCAGCCAUCCACUCCUCCCCCCCACUUCUUCCUGGAGGGAGCCCAGCCACCCCUAGAGACAGAGCUGAGAGACCUCCACCUCCAAGGCCGAGCUUGCCCGUGGCAGGCAGCUGGAGAGCGCUCUCCUAGCUUUAUUUAUCUUCGAGUUCUCCUAACCUCUGUGUACCAGAAGCAGCAGAACAUUUGGGAAAUGGGCACAAACCUUUAAAAAUGUGAUUUCUGCCCUUCCUCUCUUAGGCUUUUUAGCUCCUCCUCGAAUCUGCCCGCACCAGAGGCAACUAGUGACAAGAUUGGUGUCCCCAAACCAGCUUUCCCCAGAGCCCUGGGCAUCUGCUUUCCCUUCUACAAGACUAGGGAUGGGGAGGGGGCCUUCAACAGUCGGGGUACUCCUGAACCUCCCGAGAUGAGCCCCUGGCUGCUUGCACUUGCUUCUGUGAAUGCAGCUGUAGGCAUUAAGUGAGGCAGCUAGAAAGUCUUCCUGUCGGUCCCCGGGCUGCCCCGGUGGCUGGUUCCCUUAGUCAUUGCUGUGACCCUCUCCCCUACGUCAAGGCUGCCUCCCUAGCUCCCCGCUGUCCGGCUUGUCCUGAAAGAGCGGCUCUGUUUUUAAUUGCUAACGUGGAGGCCAAAGGCCUUGAGGUUGGCGUGGCAAGCUCCAUGCCCGUCCCCUCUGAGCGGGGCCCUGGGGGACAUUUCGCCCACCCCCAAGGUGGCUCCAUCAGAGCCUAAGAGGUCGUGUGUCCUCAAGGAGGGCAGAGCUGGGGAGAACAAAUGCUGAACAGGAGCACCCCCGAGCAGAGGAAAGGGUGAGGGGCCUAUCUAAGAAAACUGAAGGAAGAAAUGAGUCAGCAAGCUAGAGGGAAGGCCAUACCCAACACCCAGCCGGGAGGGGCUCUCGACCCCCUGGACCAGGGUGAGCUCGGUGCGGAGGAUGGGCUCCAAAGCAAGCAGUGGAGCUGGCACUGGCAAAGGGGCUGCCUUGCCUGCAGCCUGUGCCCAUAUCCAUCUUGCCAACAGCUCUAAGCCCUGGAUGCCCGACUAGAGCAGUGGUGGCCCUCCAAACUCAGGCUGUGAGGUGGUUUUCCAACCCCUUCCCAAGAGAAGAAUCGCGAGGUCCUGGCCUGGGAAGUCCCAGCCUGAGCUGCUUUAGAGAGUGCUCUCAGAAAAGAGCAGGCCCAGAAUCAAAUGUCUGAUUAUAGUCAGUGGACAGGAAGCUGCCACGUUCCUUAGAAUCAUCUCCUGCCCCUCUCCUCCACAGAGCCCGAAUGCAAAGGGAAGGGAGUUCUUUGCAGACCCCCAAGCUUUGGUGCUAGGCAGGGCGCACCCUGCUAUGGGGAAGGGGGGCAGGCUUGGGAACAUAGGGGGCUGCGCUUUCCAGGCUGAGCACAGCAGGACCGCUGUUGGGGUUUAACAUUCACUGAGGACUCCUCGGUGAGAUCUCUGGUGAGGGGCUGCGGCCCUCCUUGGAGAUGGAUUUCUUCUAAGAAACCAAGGAGCAGAGGGAUGUAGGCUUCUGGGCUUUGGUUUUUUCCUCCCCUUGUGACUGGUUAUACUAACACUGUAUUGUAGUUCUUUAUGGGGCCAGACUGUCCUAGAGCUCCUCCUAGAAAGGUCCGCGAUUUUUAAGCUAUUUUGAGAUAGAAACAAUUGUACUAUAUUUAUUUAUUUAUUUGUUCAGUGUGCCUUGCUAUCCCCUAGAAUUCAUCUGGGAGAGCCUGGGAUGAUUGCUCUCCGUGUCUUAGGGAUGCUGAGGCUUAUCUUAGGCUGCUCUCUCCCUUCCCCAGCCUCCCUCCCCUUCACAAAGGAAGCUCUCCAGGACCUCAUGUUUCUCAGAGAGCCCCUGCUCGCACUCGUGGCCUGGGCCUUGCCAGUGGCGGAGCUGGUCUGGUUCUCUCCUGAGCCAGGACUCUCUCCUGGACCCAGGCUUUUCACUUCAAAUUAGGGUCCCCCCCCUUGACUUUCCUUGUGUUCACUCCUAGGUCAAUGUGAAUCCUUUGAUGUCCUAUGGGCAAAAGCUAAUUCCCUCCCAUUCUCUUUGGAAAGGGCCCUGAAGGGGCCCUGGGUGGGACAGACUCCACCUUGACUUUGACCCCGUGUACCUGGACUGUGAUAAUGUGUCAGAAAGACAGGCCCGGAGGCUUGGGAAAUAAACAGGUCACUACUA